UCCGCCGGAACCGCGGUGGGCGGAGGGAGCCGGCAGGCGUCCCGCACCGCCCCGCCGCGGGGCCCCAAAGCAGCGGUGCUAGGCGUAGCGCCCGCCCUCGCGGCUCGCCGAGUCGGUGCACAAACUGAAAGUAAAAAAAUACAAACCAAACAGCCCAGCCCGCCAGCCCGAAGCCCCUCAAAUCCGAUCAGAGGGGGACGGACCACGGAGGUGAAAAGAGAAGAGACUUCUUCGGGCAGUGCUCAUCAUGGGGAAGAGUAAGAAUGACAUGGGAAAGCCCUACAGUAAAGGCUGAAGACAUUAGACAGAUUUGUCUUCCUGAUGCCCAGAUUGACUGCUCUGGCAGGCCCUGCAGUUCAUCAUGAUUAGGAUGAGGAGGAAGAAAACAUGGGCAUCUUGCUUCUGCUUUGCAGCUGCCUUUUUCCUGAUGGUGACUCUGCAGGUUAUCACAGAGCUGGGCAAUUCGGAGCAUAAGGUGGCAGUGAUCUCUGCUUUACACAGUGGCCUGUUAGAGCCUGUGGAGAGAAAUACUUUGCAGUUCAAGAAGCAGGAAUUUCACAGCAGCCUGAAGACAGAAUCUGAUACAGGUCCCUAUCCCAUCCUGCUCUGGUGGUCUCCCCUGACUGGAGAGACAGGAAGAUUGGGUCAAUGUGGAGAGGAUGUUUGCUUCUUUACUAUCAACAGGACCUACCAGCACAAUCAGAUGACGAGAGCAUUUCUGUUCUAUGGUACUGAUUUCAGUAUAGACAGCCUACCCCUCCCUCGUGAAGACUAUCAUGAUUGGGCCCUUUUCCAUGAAGAGUCACCAAAAAACAACUACAAACUCUUCCACGAGCCAACCAUAACCUUAUUCAACCACACCGCAACCUUCAGUCGCCAUUCCCACCUACCGCUGACCACUCAGUACCUCGAGAGUGUAGAGAUCCUGAAGUCAUUGAGGUACAUGAUCCCACUGCAGAUGAAGAACAAGCUGAGGAAGAGGCUUGCACCGCUUGCAUAUGUGCAGUCUGACUGCAACCCUCCCUCUGAUCGGGACAGCUAUGUGCGUGAGUUGAUGUGCCACAUAGAGGUGGACUCUUAUGGGGAAUGCCUGCAUAACAGAGACCUUCCUCAGCAUCUCAGAAGUCCAACUGCCAUGGAUAGUGGGAACUUCUAUAAGAUACUGGCACAGUACAAGUUCAUUCUUGCUUUUGAAAACGCUGUCUGUGAGGAUUACAUCACUGAAAAACUCUGGCGGCCUCUGAAGCUGGGAGUGGUACCGGUGUACUUUGGGUCUCCCAGUGUUGCAGAAUGGCUUCCUAGCAAUAAGAGUGCCAUCCUAGUAUCCAGCUUUUCACACCCUCGGGAGCUAGCCCACUACAUCAAAGCACUAGAUGCAAACGAUGGAGAAUAUGAGUCUUACCUACAGUGGAAACUCAAAGGGGACAUUUCCAACCCAAGGCUGCUCGCGGCGAUGAGGGAGCGCAGGUGGGGAGUGCAAGAUAUCACCCAGGACAAUUACAUCGAUGCUUUUGAGUGCAUGGUGUGCAACAGAGUGUGGGAAAACAUCAGAAGGAAAGAAAAGGGGUGGCUGCCCCGAAGGUGGAGGGCUGAAGUUAACCAUCUGAGCUGCCCCACACCAGAGGCAUUUUGGUUCUCGUUAUCAAACUCUGGCAGGACUUCUCUCCAAGAGAUGUGGAUACCAAGCUUCAAGCAAUCCGAGAAAGAAGCCUGGGCACUGAGGCACCUGGUGGAAAGGAACAGGAAUUUUACAGCUCAAGAAUUUUGGAUGCUUGUAUUCAAGAAUUAAACAAUGACCUGUAAAUAAGAUUAAA